AUGCUCUCCGUGUCCCCGCUCGAUAAUAUCGUCGUAAAGGCCCUCACCUCUCGCGAUGUCCACCAGGUCCGCGACUUACAUUCCAAGCUUCUCCCUGUUAAAUACCCGCCCUCCUUUUUCCUCCAGCUUCUUCUUCUGCCAAAUCGCGCGUGCUUCAUAGCCUAUAACCGUGGUCACCCCAGCAUGCCCAUCGGAUUUAUUUCAGCAGCAGCACAACGGCCCUCAUCCACCACCGACUGUUUCACUUUCUGUUCGCCCAAAGAACCAUCUCUUGUUUCGGCACACCCUCACGACGAUGCAUCCCUUACCCUGGGUCCUGUGGUCCGCCUACGUUUGGAGAUAUUGACCCUUGGUGUCCUACCCGCUUACCAGCACUGUGGGUUAGCACGUCACCUCGUGCAAUGCGUUCUCGACAAUUUUCGAGAAUCCUGCACCGGGCUAUCGGCCGAUGGAACGUUGCUUUACGCCAAUGUUUCUACUUCUAAUACUACGGCCCUCAAAUUCUAUGAACGCAUGGGCAUGACGGUUUCUUCCGAUGUGAUUCGAAAUCUAUACCGGACAGUUUCUUACGGGUGCAAAGACGCGUAUCUAGUCAUGGGUAUUGUAUGA